CUAGUCUUAUAAAGUACACAUUCAAGAAUGUUGUCCUAAUUUGGAAAAACAAGUAAUGUGCAAGGGAAUGGCAAGCAGAUGAUCAGGGUUCUCCAUCAGUUGUCUGAUAGAGAAUGCUUUCAUUCAUAACAGAAUCAGAAGUCCCCUGGAGAUGUUCCUACCAGCUACACAGGUCCAACCUGUUCAGGUGUUAUAGAAACCACCACUGUCCAUAGAGAAAGACUAUCUCCACAACCAAGGAAGGAGUGAAGAAAGACAAAAAUAAAAUCUGGCAUGACCUCCAUAAAGCUUUUCCACAAGACUGCCUGUCAUCAGACCAGAAAAAGUCACCAGAACUAGCAAAAGGAAGCUGAGCUACUCAUUAAGGUGCUAUUCAGUGAUGAGUCAGCUAUGACACCUGAGAGAACUUGGUCAGGACUUAGAAAUGGGUAAUCGACUUUAUAAGCUGAGGACAGAAAGCCUGUGCUCAAUUCAAUACAAUGCCUCAUUUCCCUCAGAGAAAAGAGGAGCAAGUAGGGUAUUAUGAAUAUAUGUUUGGAUAUCCCAAAUGGCAGAAUCAAGAUGAGAAAAAAUCCCUAUGUGAAACAGAAUUGUCCUUGCUUCAGGUGAUUAUCACUUCAAAGGAUUCUGAAUGUGAUAAAUUCCCUAGUAUUACAUCAGAUGAAGCCUAUCAUCUCCAAGUAUCAAAGCCCACAUCUGUGUUAAAAGCAGACAAAGUUUGGGGAGUAUUAAGAGGUUUGGAAACUUUUAGCCAGUUAUUAUAUGAAGAUGAUUGUGGAAGUUAUUUUGUUAAUGAGUCUGUCAUAAGUGACUUUCCAAGAUUUGCAUAUCGAGGAAUCUUGCUUGAUACAUCACGACAUUUCCUGCCACUGAAAGUUAUUCAAACUAAUUUGGAUGCCAUGGCCUUUAACAAGUUCAACGUCCUGCAUUGGCACAUUGUAGAUGACCCUUCAUUUCCUUAUGAAAGUACCACUUUUCCAGAAUUGAAUGCCCAAGGUGCUUAUACUCCCAACCAUGUUUAUACUCCCAAGGAUGUCCAUAAUGUCAUAGAAUAUGCUCGGUUACGAGGGAUUAGAGUUAUUCCAGAAUUUGACACACCAGGACAUACUCAGUCUUGGAGAAAAGAUAUCCUCACACCCUGCUACAGUGGAAAACAUCCGAGUGGCUCUUAUGGACCUAUAAACCCCAUUUUGAAUGCAACUUAUGAUUUCAUUAUGAAAUUAUUUGAAGAAGUUGGCACUGUAUUUCCCGAUGACUAUAUCCACUUAGGAGGAGAUGAAGUGGACUUCAGUUGUUGGAAUUCCAAUCCUGAUGUAACUGAGUUCAUGAAAAAGAAAGGAUUUGGGUUUUGGUAUUCUAAACUGCAAUCCUAUUAUGUUGAAAAAAUACUGGAAAUAGUGACUUCUCUUAACAAGAAAUCCAUAAUCUGGCAGGAAGUAUUUGAUGAUGGAGCAAAGCUGCAGCAAGACACAAUAGUUGAAGUGUGGAAGAAAUUUUUGUAUCAACUUGAACUAGCAAGAAUAACAAAACAAGGGCAUCAGGCAAUCCUUGCUGCACCUUGGUACCUAGACCUCAUCAGUUAUGGCGAGGACUGGAAAAGCUACUACAGUGUUGAACCACUGAACUUUUUUGGAAGCAAAUCACAGAAGGAGCUGGUGCUUGGUGGAGAGGCUUGUCUUUGGGGAGAAUAUGUGGAUGCAACUAAUCUUACACCAAGACUCUGGCCAAGGGCAAGUGCUGUUGGUGAGAGACUUUGGAGCAGUGAAAAUGUAACCGAUAUUUCAGAUGCUUCUAAAAGGCUUACUCAACAUCGUUGUCGCAUGCUUAGCCGUGGAAUUGCAGCACAGCCUUUGUUUGUUGGAUACUGCAACCAUGACUUCCUCUGAUCUAGGAAUUGUAGCAAAAGUGCCUAUUGUUCAUUUUAAUGUGAGACUUAUGUAUCAGUGUGAAUCAUAUAGGAAAAGAGA